AACACCAGCACUGCCCAAAUCUCCCUGCUGUGCACUGAUGGUUGUUUGCAUCCUAGGGUCAAAUAUAUGCACAAAGAAAUCUUAUCCUAAGGACUAAAUAUCUGAAACACCCAUGUUCUGUUGACUACAUCUUGGCAAGGGGUCUCAACAGGAAGAUGAAGACAAAGACAUGCAGUAACUUACACCUGACCUUCCCUGUCAUGAUUAUCUUCUCCCUGUGGCUGCAAACGAGUACAAAUCACACAGGUUACCCAUACCUCGGAGAUGAAACCUGGAGUCCCAUCAGCCAAAACCUCAAUGGGAGCCAGAACAGGACAGAACCAAGCACAAAGUCUCCUCCUCUGAGCCUCAAUUUCACCAGCCAAACGACUACUUUUGAAAUGCAAAGUACCCUGCCAUCCUUCUCCUCCACCAUGACUCAAAAUGCAACCUCCCCUGCCCCAAGAGUAGUUUCCCCCAAGGGAGGACUGGGGAAAAGCAGCAAACCCAAGAGCCCAGUGACCAAAGAAACCUGUGAAGAUAACAAGUCUCUCAUACUGAUUUGCUUCAUUACCAUUGCAGUUCUUGUGCUCAUCUGCACCUCCCUGUUUCUAUCCACAGUCAUAGUAGCCAACAAAAUCUCCUAUCUCAAAAGAGCCCAGCAGGGCAAACGCAGGCCCAGGAGCAAUGGAGACCUCCUGGCCACCAACAGCUUAUGGCCUACAGCAGCAGGAACGUGGCAGAGGAUGCCCAGGGAGACAAGUGGAACUGAGCUGAUAAUGCAGGAGCUGCUAUCAGGGAGGGAUGCUGUGAACCAAAAGAAAACUGAAGAUGAAACUACUGAGAAACUCACCAAAGGAGCAGAUAAUGAACAAGAAAGCAAAGAACCAUCCCAGUCGCACAAACCCAUUGUAACCAAUUUUGUAGUUGAGAUUUAAUUCAUACUCAAGUAAAAAUUCAUUUUUUGCCUUUGUUACACCAUUAAUGUUAGGCAAAAACUUGGAUUUCAAGCAAAAACAAGAAUUUUCCCCCAUGAAAGCUAAAUUCAGAUUUUAGAGUUUUUCCAUUUAUGCCAGAGGGAAUGCUGCAGCCACGUGUGGAUCCAGGAGGCAGUAAGACUGUGUUAAAUGUCUCUCUCUAUGGAGUGUCAGGACUGGUUUUACAGUUUUGAGCAGAAAUCAGGGUGACAGGAGCUGAACAGGAUAAAAGGACAGAACCUGCCCAUGCUCAAAGACCACAGAGGAGAACAAGGAACAGACUGUCAGUCUGAUCAACAGUCUGAACACUAAGAUGCUGCACAGGCAUAAUAAAGUCGCUUUUUAAAGAAAACCAUACAUUAGUCACAACUCUGAUUCAACCAUUAAUCCAGGAUCUAGUCCCUCUCAAAAUGCCCUUUUUGAUUUUUCAUCAAAAACUUCUUAAACCAGCUUACUUGCAUUUGAAGGAGACUGAUUUGAACCAUAUUUACAGUGUUUCAACAUUGUCUAUGAAUAGAUGAAGUUUGUAGUAUUUGCUGGAAUAUGAGAACUUGUUCAAUUUGUUAUCUUCAAUAAA